AUGUCAGCUAAGAAGAAGCGUAAUAGCUACAGUAUCGGAUUCAAGCGCAGUGUUGCUGGAGAGUACAAGAAGGGUGUCAACGGCUUUGGGUUUGCCGCCCUUGCCGCAAAACACAAGAUACCCUCGUCAUCGAUAGUUCGGAAAUGGGUUGAGCAGUUGGGCGCCAUGAAAGACGUUGCGAAGGACAGACAGCGAUCAACGCGGACGAUGCGUCGACUGCCUGGUGCGGGUCGCAAGCAUGAAUACCAGCAACUCGAAGUGCAGCUUCAUGAGUGGGUCGAUGGGCGAAACAAAAAGGGACUGCGGGUCAAGGACAAGUACAUCCAGCUACAAAUCUCAACAUCCUCGUGGCUUUAA